GAGCAAGGUUGUAGCAAGAAUUGUUGUGAGGAAGAGAAUCGGAUUUGCUGCUUCUGGAUUUGGAGUCAAGGGAGCUGGCAGCGUACUGCUGGCAUUUCUGGCAGCUGUCAGCUUUCGUGGCAUGCACGAAACACUGGCAGCAAGUGUUGCAAAUUUGGGCGACAAUUCGACGUCGCACCUAAUUGCAGUCAGAAACGGAACAACAGCAUCUGUAACAGCAAUGCUCGAUAGCAAUCAAUUGGCUAUUGAGGAGAGCACAACCGAAACGCAAACUUUGGACACCUGGAGUGAGCGACCCGAUACGGCAACUUUGACAAAAGGCUUCUCGAUACCCACGUAUUUGCCACCUUAUCCGGAUUUCAUAGCUGCUGAUUUGCCACAACGGACACAAACAACGUCGACGAUGACGAUGACGAUGACGAUGGCAACAAUGAUGCACAACAGAACGCCCACUGGCAUCGGCAAUGAUACCAGCCCGAUGCAAUCGAAUCUUAGUCAGCAACAGCAACCGCAUAUGCGACUCCAUGCGUACGACAGUGAGCUGAAGGCUCAGCAGCUGCAACGCGAGAAGCAGCUGGCUUUGGAACGGGAACAGCUGCCCAGACGACAGCUCAGUUUGCCAUCGAGAAAUGUAACGGUGCAGGCGGGCCAACAUGCGUAUCUGCCCUGUCGGUUGCAUCAGCACUCGAAUAAACCGCUCUCCUGGAUCAGAUUACGGGAUGAACAUAUCAUAGCCGUCGAUCACACCACCUUCAUCAAUGAUGCACGUUUUGCUGCCCUGCUCCAAUCAUCGUCAAACAUUAGCAGCCCACUAUUGGAGAGCAACAACGCAAGCAGUGGCAAUGGCAGCAGCACCAGCACCAGCAGCAGCAACAGCCUCAGCUGGACUCUGCUCAUCAAAUAUGUCAGCCUACAGGAUGUCGGCUGGUAUGAGUGCCAGCUGGCAACCGAGCCAAAGAUGAGCGCCAAAGUGCAGCUGUUUGUGAUAACACCAAAAACGGAAUUAAUAGGCGACAAGCAACGCUUUGUAAAGGCUGGCAGCCGAGUGGAAUUGCAUUGCAUUGUGCGUGGCACGUUGGAGGCACCGAAAUACAUUGUCUGGUAUCGGGGCGAACAGCAAGUGGCCUCAGAAAACGAGGCUGGCGGCAUUGAGAAUGGCUGGUAUACACAAAUUGAUCGUAAUAUAUUCGGCAGCACAGAGCACAAUCGGAAUACGAUUGGCAGUUUAGUCAUUCCUGUGGUGCGUAAAACCCAUUCGGGGAACUACACCUGCGAGCCGGAAAAUAGCGAUGCGGUUUCCAUUCAAUUACAUGUGCUCAGUGGGGAGUAUUCGGCAUCUGCAAUCAUGUCUACGGCUGCUGGCUUAUAUAGACACGAUCAUGGCUAUAACAGUCUCCAUCAGUGGCUCAUCUUUCUGCUGGUCGCUUUACACAAGACAUGAUUUGUCGUUACUUCCAUUACUUUUUAUAAUAUAAGAUUACUUUGUAGGUAAAUUUCCACACAUUUCAAAUUUCAAAUGGUUUUUCACAUAAUUAUAGCACCGUAUUUUAUACCAUUUCUAUAUAUAAUAAGUAUCUC